GGGUUAGGCGUUACCAGGAGUUUAAAUUUUAUGUAAAUGAUAGCUUAAAAAAAAAAUAAUAAUAAUAAAACAACAGGGCUGAGUGAACUCAACAAUAAAGGGUUGAGUUGGUCAUUAAUCAUUCCAAUAUUAGACGAGCUAUCGCUUUGAAUAAGCCGUUCGACAUCUGACGUUUUUAUUCGGUGCAGACACUAUAGUGUAGUAACUUUAUAGUAUAUGAUUACUGAUAAGUGAUAAUAUUCCGUUAAACCGUAUCGUACAACGCGAUAAUUUUAAUAAUGACCAGCGAAGUAGAAGACACCCUGAAACGCAUUCAAUCUCACCGUGGAGUAAUCGGCACAAUAGUUGUGAACGGCGACGGUAUUCCUAUAAAAUCGACAUUGGACAAUACGACGUCGGUCCAAUACGCAGGUUUAAUUCAGCAGUUGGCCGACAAAGCGAGAAGCGUUGUAAGAGAUUUAGAUCCGUCCAACGAUUUGAUGUUCCUGCGCAUGCGUACGAAAAAACACGAAAUCAUGGUAGCACCAGACAAAGAUUUUAUAAUGAUUGUGAUACAAAAUCCAACUGAAGCUCAACAAUAAAUAAUUAUAUUAAUGUAAUAUAUUAAAGAAAUAAUAAGGAAUAUUUUAAUUUAAAAAAUAUUAAAUACAC